GAGCAGCUCUUCUUCUUCGUCUCUAUCCUUGUAGUAGUGUUUCUCUCUCUCUCCCUCUCUCUCUCUCUCUCUCUUAGGGAGAAAAAGGGAGAAAUGGGGAAGAAGGAGUUGUUGGCGUCGGCGCCAUGGAGGGGGGAAGAGGAGGGGAAGGGCAACAAGUUCAAGGACGCGAAGCUCCGCGUCACGAACCGCCCCGGGGAGACGCCCACCAUGCACGUCCCCACCAAGAACAAACCCCCGUCGAAGCGCCGCCAUGGCCACGACGACGACGGCGACGACGACGACGACGACGACGAUGUGGCCGAGAUCGACCCCGAGCUCCGGUACAGCUUCCAGAGGAACUUCCAGUUUCUACAGAGGGUUUUCAGCAUCGAUACUGUUGUGAAGCCUCUCCCUCCUGCUAUGGCAUACAAUGUUUCUCGCAAUCUGCACUUUUUCCUUCGCAUCUUCACACAGUUUUGGGAUCCUGAGGGGAUUGCCGGUGCGCAGAAGUCACUUGGACUAGGGCAGGAAGAGAAGGGCCGCCGAGUUCGCUGAGGAUGGUUCUUUUUAUGUUUUUGUUAGUGGAACUGUGAUUGUCAACUCUUACCAAAAUGCGCGUCAUCUUAAUCUUGGAUUGUCUUUCGUAGUUUAUAAUACUAUUCCAACUUAAAUUAUUUUUGUGUUAAGUAUUGAGAUCGUUCUAUUUAUGCAGAGCAAUUCGAAAAAGCACUAAUAACUUUUUCAUAA